UGCGGGACUGAAGUACCAUGAACAAGAGUUCUGUGAUGACACCCAUUAUGAGUCCAUAAAGCCGAUCGACUCAAUAGCGAUUGUAGGUCAGCAUUCAUAUGGAUAACUACACUUGAACGAACAACCACAAUCACUGUGCUCAAAUGAUAGAACAGGGGAGCGAAGACAGAGUAAAAACAUUGGCGACUGAGGGUGCUCGGAGUGUCUUCUCAGGCAGUACCGUUACCUUCACCGCCAUAUUUGCUAACGAUAGGUAAUGAAAUCGAACCAAUAACCAUAACUAUUCUGGGACAUAAACUGCAAAGUACGAUGAAUAUACAUCGAGGAUUACAAAUUACAAUAUGUACGACCUUAAGAUUUGAGAUUGGUCAUAUUUCUGCAAAGUUAUCGCUUUAACAAUGAGGUUGCAUUGCAAACAAACGAAGAAAAAACAAAGCGAAAACUUUACACCUCUUGCAAGCGCCGAGAUGACUGCGAGGAAGGUCAUCUCGGCCGGCACAGUACCCGCAAAUAAGCCGGCACAGUACCGUAUAAAAGCCGUCCGGGAGCCGGGGUUCGGCAGAGAGCAGGCAGCAGUCGAGCGGACCACUCACAACACGUCCUCUGACAACAUGAACUUCAAACUGGUGCUGACACUGCUGGUGGCUCUGGUCGGAGUCGCCGUCGGAUCCGGCUCGUACUACGGAGGCAGAUCCUUCAGCCGUUUCCCGAGCAGACGAGGCGGUGGAUACUACCGCGGAAACAGCGGCGGCGGAUACCAUCCCGGGAGCGGUGGAUACUACCACGGAAACAGAGGCGGUGGGGGCGGAUACUACCGCGGAAACGGCGGCGGCGGCGGAUACUACCGCGGAAACGGCGGCGGCGGCGGAUACUACCGCGGAAACCGCGGCGGUAGCAGUCAUUACGGCUAACACAGCGGUGGUGGAUAUGAGUUCGGACGCAGAGUCUACGGAUAGAACCUUUGUCGUUACUACGGACGCCCUCGUGGACAGGGUCUUUGCUACAGACACACCCAUAAUGGGUCCCGUGGAACCAUUAUGUAUGACUGAUCAAACGUAUUGCUGUACCGUUCAUAACCAUCGGUGUGUAAUAUAAUACAAGCUUUGGGAAUAUUUCUU